AUGGUUGAUUAUAAACUGAUGAGCACACCACUUGAAGCCAAGACCAAGAUCGGGUCAAAUAACACUCCCCUUGAUGCUCCAAGUUACUUUCAUGGGCUUGUUGGAGCCUUACAAUAUCUCACUCUCACUCGCCCUGACCUUUCAUAUAGUGUUAACUAUGUGUCCCAAUUCAUGCAUUCUCCUACAAUUAUGCAUUUAAAAAUGGUUCGACGCAUCUUAAGAUAUGUGAAAGGAACUAUCGAUGUGGGUCUCCACUUCACUUCUAACACUACACUUGAUCUUUUUGCCUUUUCUGAUGCCUCCAAGUACUUUCGGCUCUAG